AUCAUUCUUCCCUCGUUUGCCCUGCUUCGCCAGGUGCAGACGGAGAGGAAGGACAGCCUUGGCUAAAAGGAGAGACACCGUUCGCGUCCGUUGUAAUCAUAGAGAGAAACCGAUAGACGGGAGGGAGGGAGUAGGAGACCUCGCAGAGAGAGUGAUUGUCCUCGGAUAAGGAAGUUCGCAGAGUGGGACGAGAAAGCGAGCGAGAGGGAGAGGGAGAGGGAGAAGGAAGAGAAAGAGUCCGGUCUCCAAUCAAGCGCCAUCUCUUUUUUUGAAUGCUGAAAUUAGGGUCUGUCAUUCAUCGUAGCGGCGGAUAAUUUCUAUUCUGGUUUCCGGAUCUAGAGCUUCUUUGUCACGGGACGAUACUCCUCGGUCAUAGGCGUAGCUGACGACUGCACCGAGAUCUUGGAAGUUCGCACGACCUGUUCUCCUAGCUGUCACUUGCGUAGAACGUCCACAGAUUUAGAGCGGUAGAAGGUGACAUUCGAGGCGGCGGAAGGGCGCCCACAAUGACGGUCGCGAAGGAGACAGAGUCGCGGGAACCCGAGAGGAGACAGAAGACGGAGACAGAGAAGAAACAGGCGGAAGACUUCGACUACUCGGCUGCUCCGCCAUUCACCAUUGCUGAUCUCCGAGCAGCCAUCCCCAAGCACUGCUGGGUAAAGAGCACCUGGAGGUCCAUUUCGUACCUCAUUAGAGAUGUGCUCGUAGUCACGAUCUUGGGAGCAGCUGCGGCGUACUUCGACAACUGGAUUGUGUGGCCCCUUUACUGGUUCUUGCAAGGGACCAUGUUCUGGGCGCUCUUCGUCGUCGGCCAUGACUGCGGCCACGGUAGCUUCUCUGAUAACCAGUCUCUCAACUAUUUUAUUGGACACAUUGUCCAUUCGUUCAUCUUGGUUCCCUUCCACGGCUGGAGAAUCAGCCAUCGCACUCACCAUGCCAAUCAUGGACAUGUGGAAAAUGACGAAACUUGGCAUCCUGUCACUGAGAGCCUCUAUAAGAAGCUCCCAUUCAUGGCUCGGUUGGGACGUCUGACCUUUCCAGUGAGCCUUUUUGCAUUCCCCGUGUACCUUUGGGUAGGAACUCCCGACAAGGGAGCAUCUCACUACCACCCCGAGAGUGCUCUCUUUCUCCCCAAGGAGAGGAACGACGUCCUUACCUCGACAAUUUGCUGGUGUACCAUGCUCGUGUUGCUCAUCAAUUUCGCCAUCACCAUUGGACCCAUGUGGGUCCUGAAGUUGUACGUGGUGCCUUACUGGCUGAAUGUGUUUUGGCUGGCUUUGGUCACCUACCUCCACCACCACGGAUACGAGAAGAAGGUCCCAUGGUACAGGGGUAAGGAAUGGAGCUACCUGAGGGGAGGACUGUCUACCAUCGACAGAGAUUACGGCUGGAUAAACAAGGUCCAUCACGACAUCGGCACUCACGUUGUGCACCAUUUGUUCCCCCAAAUUCCUCAUUACCAUCUGAUCGAGGCCACCGCGGCAAUCAAGCCAGUGCUCGGUGACUACUACAGAGUUCCUGAGAAGUCUGGACCAUUACCUGUGCAUUUGAUUACCACUGUAAUGAAAAGCUUUUCAGAGGAUCACUUUGUUAGUGAUGAAGGAGAGAUCGUCUUCUAUCAAUCAGAUCCCAAGGUGUCUGUUAGCAAUUCGACCUAGUGCAAGUAGAUGGGCCACAACCAACCAGGUCCAUGUAGUUACUGAUGUAAAACCUUUCACAAUAACCAGCAACUGAAUAGACUAGAUGCCCUCCAUUGAUAAUUGUAGUAGGAAACUAGGGGGAAAUUCCUUCUUCCAUAGAACAAGCUUAAUACAAGUCGCGGUUACCGUUACUGGUGCGUGCUCACCGUUUUAUUCUGAGUCGCUUCACCUUGCGCAGAGCAAACCAUUUGUUCAUCCUUAGCUAUGCGUGUACUGCCUCUAAAAUUUCAACGUUCAAAAUCAACCUGUUUUCUGAUUGG